CUCGCGUCGUCUGGGGCAGACCAGACCACUACGAAACACACCAACGAACGGGUCGAACGGUGAGCGAGGCAAGGAGGGGCUCCGCCUCUUUUCCACUUAGCGAAUGGGACUCUGGAGAUGGCACGGGAGAAAACAAGCGGCGGUUGAUUCAAUGACACAUACAGCGCGCACGUAUAUGUAUACACACUGCCACGGGUAUCACGAAUUUGCAGGUCACAGCACAAUUGCAUACAGUUGCGCAUCCAUCUGAUGGGUCCACGUAUUCAAAUGUCGAUUCACCGCGUUCAUGAUAACUGCCACGGCCUAUGACACCUCAGUUGUUCGCCAGUCAGACAGACACCAACAAGGCACAACAAUAUGCAAGUGCAAGCCAGUAUGCAGGCGUACGAGCCGUCACCGACAGAAACAAAUUCACUCAACACACUGAGAUGACUGCAUGUUCCUUCUCGUGGCAGCUCAUCACUUGCGUUGUCCGUCCCCGGCGUUUCAAACAAUCUCUUCUCAGAGAUCGCCACUUGAUCACGGCAUUCGUUCUUGUCACUUGCCCAAGACUAGAAUAUGAACGACUUCAUUGUCCUGAAGUAAAUGAGCUCCUCAUCAGUAACCCGAGAGCUAGAAGGUGAUCAGCGAUUACCGUACCGUCUCUCUACGCCUUAGCUCUUUUCCGGUCUAGCCUACCACUGGAACCAGUGUUCCUGUUUUCCGUUUACACAUCUCAUCAAUAAGUCUGGCAUAAUCUGCUGACGCGGCCGGCGAUCUGGUGUCUCUGGCGGGUUCGAUUUUUGGCAGUGGACCAGAUCAAAGACUCUGCGAGGCCUGCCAGGUCUAGCAGGUACAACGACCUGGUUGGCUAUGUCGGGAUUGGGACGACUGGGAGGUGAGAUGGACCAAUCAAGUAGCCUUGGUACCUGGCAGGGAUGAAAGCCCUUACCCCUGGGGCUUUCGCGGAAGCAGAGCUUGAACUUGGACUGAAAGGGUGUGGUGGGCCUGAUCCAUGACCUUGGCAUCUAGUACUAGCGUCGUUUCUGCAUUAGCACUGGUGUUGAUACCGGUGCAAGCGUUGGUGCUAGCUCGCCCACUUCCCAGAUCCAUAUCCCAGUACGUACUGCACAUGCGUUCUGGCCGAAGGAGAUGGAGAGGGAUGUGGGAAUUGCAGCAAGGGUCUUGGCCAGCAAACUCCCUAGGGAAGCGGACCUGAAUUGCAGGGGCGUGCCGGCUUCUGAAUGAGAACGGAACAAGAGAGAUGAGAGACAUGGCGUCCACACACACACCACGCCACACCUCCCAACUCGGGUUGAAAGGAGACUCAAAGACACACACCCCUUGCUCACCUUAUAACCCUCAAUUCCUCCCCCCUUCUGACUCUCCUUCUAUUCUUCACUCCUCAGCCUUUUUGGAUCACGGCCUUUGCCUUCUGUCACUCCUUCACAGCACUACGCUGAUAACACUCUCUUGAACCAACUUACCUCACAAUCCUUAUAAAGGCAAAAGGAAGUAUUCCGGAAAUACAACCGAUUACCAAAAGCCGUCACUCUUCCAACACAACAUAUACACAAAUCAGUCAAAAUGAAGGUCUCUUCUUCCGUUGUCAUUCUGGCCGCCGCCCUCGGCGUCUCUGCCCACCCCAGCGGCCACGCUCACCAGCGAGCUCACGCCAAGCGCGACUUCGUCGUUGCCAACAAGCCCGUCACUGUUGUUGAGUACGCUACUCAGGUCGUCACCGCUGACGCCGCCCCUGCUACCGCUGUCCCUGAGGCUCCCGCCUCUCCCAAGGUCGACGCCGACACCGUCCCCAAGGCUGCCGCCAGCGGUCCCGCCCCUGCUGCUUCCGCUCCUGCCAAGUCCAACAAGAACAAGGGCAAGAAGCACAACUCCAGCUCCGGUUCCGGUUAUAAGCCUUUCUGCGGUGGCAAGAAGGCCAAGCGCGCCACUCUUGAGGAUAUUGCUGCCAAGGGCAACACUGGUGUUCCCGGUGACUUUGGCUGCAACAUGAUGACUGUCGAUGAGGAUGUCGCCGACAAGUACGACUACACUACCACCUUCAAGAACGACCACGACGAAGAUAAGGAGUGUGUUUGCUUCAACAAGAUCGGGCCUGAUGGCUUGAUCGACGGUUUCUUCGCUAAGAACGUUGCCUUGACCUUCACUGUUCCCGCCUCUAGCUCACAGGUUGUUGCUUUCGACGCUGACUCCCAGGGCGGUUGCGCUUGUGCCAGCAACAAGGUUCCCACCACUUCGGACGGCCAGUGGGCCAGUACUUGGCUCGAGUUCGACUUCGGCAGCGAGCGAAACAACAACUGGUCAGGCGCUGACGCCUCUUGCCUUGUCUCCGCCGCCAAGAACCUUAACAUCCCCGGUCUCCGAGUCUGCGACUCUGAGAACACUUGCUCGAUCAUCUACCCCGGUGGCACUGGCAAGAACGCCUACCUCGGUGGCAUGGAGGCUGAAGACGGCAUUGGUAUCAACACUCCUCUCAAGCAGGUCCGCCUCACCGUUGACAUUGACUACUCCGCUUAAGCUAUAUCAUAGCCUGUGGUUUAGUUCAUUUGAGAGCUAGGCCUCUGCGUAAAACUUGAUUUUAUAGAAUUGGGCUUAUUCUAUCUAUACCUGGUGUUUACGGUGCUCGGAAUUUAGCUAUCCAGGGCGAUCCUGGAUCUUGGCUUUGGGAUCUAUCUAUUAUACCUUCUAACAUACAUAUAUUCAUAGUGUUAUGACAUAUUCAUUUCUCCUGCUCAAUUGUUGAUUUGUGACUUGGUUUUACUGUGAUGGCAUGUCGUUGCUUCAGUUUAAUUAAUUGCGUUGAUCCCCCGCCAAUCCCCAGAUUUAGUCCAUCCUCUUCGCCAAGUGAUUGAUACAUUCAUUUAUCUUGAAUCCGUCCCGAUCGCGCCGAAUCCUCUGAGCGAAAGGAUUGAAACCCUCGAGGAAACGCAACUUGGAUCAACAAGAUGGCCCCCAAUGCAACGACCAACAGUGGAUGAGACCCACCAUGAUCAACACAGUUUUCAUCUCUGAUUAUGUAUCGAAAAUCUCUGCCUUUUCCUUGCGUCUUUUUUGAUCUGUUGCAGUUCUUGGUAUGUUCUCUAUGAUGGAGACAUGACAAUCAGACUUUUCACGAUAGGCUGUGAACUGCCCACGAGCUGCUCUGGUGGUGCUGCUAAUGCAGGUUCAGCUUCCAUUGUUUCAAGAUAGGGGCUAGUGGGCCUUUGUCCUUGUUUACAGUGCAUAUGCACGCAACGCUUACGCGGAAUUUGUUUACUUUUGUUGGUUGCACAAGUAAUAAGCUUCAAUAUGUUUCUGAGACUAUGGGGUCUUUGAGUUACCUCAAGAUGAUUAUUACUCAGCUGUGACGGAGGUGGUUGAAAAAUAGUGUUACAAAAUCAUCAGAAGCCGUCCAUCAACCUCAUUCCUCGGUAGCGGGUCGCACGACCACAAUGGCAAAGCCAUGCGCUUGUCUUGCUCCAACGAGUAACUAGAAGAAACUUUACUCUUUAGCAG